AUGGACUCCCCUCACGAGGACGACAACAGGGCCAAGGCCAUGAACGACUAUUUGGAAGAGUUGCCAUCACAACACAUGGAGCCUUUGUGGUCCAAGAUGAACGUGAUGGUCCCACCUACACCAGCACCCGUCGCCAAACCUCACAUGUGGAAGUACGCCGACAGUCUCCCUCUUCUUCACAAGGCCGCAGAGAUGGUUGGCGAACAGCAAGCGGAGAGGAGAGUGCUGAUGCUGGUCAACCCCAAUAUGGACACCAUCUAUGGUGGACUUCAGAUCGUCAACCCUGGCGAGACUGCUCCUGCGCACAGGCACAUCGCGUUCGCACUCAGAUUCAUCAUCGACGGUGAGGGCUUCACGGCUGUUGAGGGGAAGAAGAUGCCCUUGAGACGUGGCGAUGUUGUCGUGACGCCGACAUGGCACUGGCAUGACCAUGGAAACGAGAGCGAUGCGCCGGUUAUCUGGCUCGAUGCACUCAACCUGCCGCUCUUCAGAUUCACCCCUGUACACUUUGCAGAGCAGUACCAUGAGAGCCGUUACCCAAGCGUGUUCACGGAAACAUGCGAGUGGAGACAUCCGUGGGACCAAGUUGAAGCCGAGCUCAAGGCCCAGGAAGGCCCUUACGCCAUCCACCACUACACAAGUCACGGCAAGCCCCUAUCACCCAUUCUCGGCGCGCAGGCCGAGCGCAUCGACGGCAACUAUACGACAAAGGAGGUUCGUGAGCAGGCUUCGUUCCUCUACCACUGCUAUGAAGGCCAAGGCCGAACCAUUGUGGAGCCGCCCACGGGGCCCCGUGUGGUCUUCAAGUGGACUGCGCGAGACACAUUUGCCGUCCCUGCGUGGUCCAAGAUUCAGCAUAUCAACGAGGGUUCUACUACGGCGUACCUUGUUGCUGUUAGUGACAGGCCAUUGCUCAGCAGCAUUGGGCUUAUCAAGCCGCAAUCAUGA